UUGAUAGUGUUAUGUUAUGAAAACUGACGUCGGCUAAUGUAAAGAAAAUUAUCAGAGAAGCAAAGUCUUGUAAACAAUCAAUGUUGCUGAAAAUGAACAUUAUUUUGAUAGGUUUUGAACACAUCAAUCUUGUUAUUUGUAAGGUUUUGAAUUAACGAAGAUUGUAACUAGAUCUAUUAGCUUACACUCUCUUCAUUGGCGGUGGGUAGAAGGAAAAGUUGGAAAGAGUAGGUUGGGUGGAUGGGAAGUCUGGAAAUUCUUGAAACUGGCAGCAAAGUUGAUAGAGUGUCAAACUAAUAAUACAGAUGUAUUCUUUUACAAUUAUGGAGGAUUAAUAUUAGCGGCCAGGGCAUGCCCAAAAAGGGCCCCUUGCCGCUUUGGUCAGAAGGGAUGUCCAUUGCUGCUGAUGUAAAAAGAACAUAUAUCAGUUGACAUCAAACAUAUUAAAAUAUCACAACAUCAAUUAACUCAUUGAUUAUUUGACAUCACUUCAAAUUUUACUACACAUUAAAACACACACCUCGUUAUUAAAUUAUCAUCUCCUUAUUUUUAAAAAAUACAAAAUAUCAUCAUGCCUUUAGUGCAUUUAGAUAAUGACUUUGAACCUAAAAGGUCUAGCAAGGAUGUUCAAGAAAUCAUCACUGUACUUGUACGUGCUGGGAUACGAGAAUGCCAGUCUUAUUCAAGCCUCUGCCACAGUUGGAUGCGGCAAGUGGAUGUAUUUGGUCGGACCACUCUGCACCUUGCUGCUUCUUUUGGCAAACUAGACAUGCUGGAGUGGAUUUUGGAAGAAAAGAAAGUGGAUUUAAAUCAGAAAGAUUUUGAGUCUGCUUGGACUGCUUUACACAGGUCACUGUUCUAUGGACAGCUUAAUUGUGCCAGGCUCCUGACACAGUUUAACUGUGAUCUACAAGUACGUGAUGCUGAAGGCUUAAGUCCUUUGGAUAUGCCCAUGAUGGAUAGACCUUCAAAUGUAACAUAUUCUGCUAUAGAGCCCAAUGAAGUGUACACUUGGGGGGAAGAUCACAACAGUACAUUAGGCCACAUCAGUUCUCAUAAGAGGUCAUCACCAGAAGCUGUGGACUAUUUUAAGAAAUCGGCAAUCUCCAUCAAACAGGUUGUUCUCAGCAAAUACCACAGCGUGUUUCUGUCUCAAGCUGGUCAUGUGUACACAUGUGGACAUGGUCAUGGAGGUCGAUUAGGGCACAGUGACCAAAAAACCAUUCUGAUUCCAAGGUUGUUAGAAAGUGUUCAGGAACAUACAUGUCUAGAGAUAGCUGCUGCUUGUGAUCACACUGCCUUGAGAAUGGCGGGUGGACUUGUGUAUACCUUUGGUUUGAACACCUACCACCAGCUAGGCCUUACCCCACUUGUAGACUGUAGUCCUAUUCCCAAGUUGAUGAACUUAAAGCCCUUGAAAGGAAAAAGCAUCAGCGGGGUGUGUGUUGGUCGAUUUCACACAGUGAUCUGGACACCAGACAGUGUGUUUACUGUUGGCUUAAAUGCUGGACAGUUAGGUCAUCAGAGGGGUGACAAAAAUCAAAGCAUAUUGCGUCAAGUCUCCUAUUUGCGUCACACUGAUAUUGGCAUAUCCAGAGUGGCCUGCUCAGAUGCUGCUACAGUUUGCCUGACAACCAAAGGAGAUGUGUACAUCCUGCAUGAAUACCAGUGCAAGAAAAUAGCAUCAAAAUGGCAAGAUAUUGAGCAAGUUCUAGUGACUGGCGGUAACUUGGAUCAUAACAUAGGCCUUGACAUUCUUAAAGAGACCAGGGGUCAAGAGCUGAGAGUCCUCAUGAAGAAUGAGCCUGGUCAGAUAUUCUUGUGGCGCAACAGCAGCCCGAGUCUAAAGCGCUGCCGCUUUAAUUUGAAGCGCCAGCUGUGGAUUUCAGAUGUAACAAUGACAUGGUCAUCACUUCUGCUAGCCACUGAGCGAGGUGAAACUUUCAUUGGUUCUAUACCCACCAAGCCAGUGUCUGCAUAUGUCAAGGAUCAUGAUGUCAAACAGGGCAAAGAUCAAAUCAGAGAUUGUGGUGAUGGAUUUGAUCAGCCAAGACUCUUAGACCUUCUCCUGAAAGAUGAAAUGGAAGAGAUUUCUGUGAAGAGAGUCCCUUACAUCCAUAGAGCUGUACUUGUGGCUGCAGACAAGAAGGGUCGAGACUUUGCUGUAGUCCAGGCUUUACCUAAUUGCUGUAUGACUGAGUUCCCUAUGGUGACAUCUUCAGAAAUAAAUGAGCAGUUUAAACAUCUGUGUGAUUAUUCAGACAUAGAUGACAAUAUUAGCGAUGCUGUCAUUCAGGUGGGCAACAGGUCCUGGCCAGUACACAAGUACAUCAUAUCGGUCAGAUCUGAUUAUUUUCGCAAUGUGGUCACCACUGGUCACAACUUGAAAGGGGAGAAACUUGUCCUGAAGGUGGACAAUAUUAGUCCAGAGAUCAUGAAGCAACUCAUCUACUUUAUCUACACAGACUCUUGUGAUUACCUACAGCUUGGCCAUAAGAUUAGCCACCACCAAUCUCCUGCACUGAACAGCUCUGAAGGCAAAAGAAACUGUGACACUGUGAAUAAUGUAUCUGAAGAGGCAGUGACCAAAGGGCUCUCUGCAUUCCAAGUUCACCAGAAGCUCAGCAGUAAGGCCCACAAGAAGGACAGCUUGAACAAACUUACACAGAACGAUGAGAGUCAGCAAUCUCAGAAUCCUGUGAAAUUAUUGCAAGAGGCUGCAAGGAGAUUUGGUGUGAAAGGGCUGUCAAAGAGGCUAGACACUGUGAAAUGCAGCAGUGAUCUUAUCAUUUCUCAGGGUAAAAAUCUGGUCAAACCAAAAGUCAGAUUUGACAGAAGUAAACUACCUGAACUCUAUGAUGUCAACAUAAGAAGUGAAGAUGGGGAAGAAAUCCAGUGCCACAAGUGUGUACUUGUUGCCAGGUUGGAGUAUUUUUACAGCAUGUUGUCCACUGGCUGGGUGGAGACAUUCAACACUACCACCUUAAGUCUGCCUAUUCCUGGCCAGGUACUGAAGAUUCUCAUUGACUACCUCUACUGUGAUGAGGCCCCAUAUUUAAAAGACUUAGGCAAUGAAGAGCUCCUGUGUAGUGUACUUAUUGUAUCUGAUCAGCUGCUAGCUUCCAGACUAAAAGAGAUGUGUGAAGUAGCACUAGCAGACACAAUUACUUUUAAAAAUGUUGGAGAACUAUUAGAGUUUUCAACUAUCUACAAUGCCAAGCAAUUGAAAGUGGCUUGUCAGCAGUUCAUAUGUCUCAAUCUUCCUGCUAUGUUAGAAGGGCGUUACCUUGAUGUCCUCAGUCAAGAUGCAAUGGAGGCUCUGACUGUUUACUAUAGAUCUAUUAUCCCAAACAUGGCCUACAGAAUGCUGACACCAGAAACUGGGGGGCCUUACCAAGAAUACAUUGAUGAGGUCAUGUCAGAGUUUGAAGCUUCAGAAAGGGAUACCCCAAAUGACCCAGGCUCUGUCAAAAAGGUCAAACAGGCCAAGAAGGUCAAAGGGAAAGUUAAAAAGAUUACAUCAGGGGAAGAGAGGAACAAAUCAACAGGCAUGGUAGCUGGCUCUCCUAGAAGUGCAGUGAUGCAUCAAGUAUCUACAGGUUCAGAUGUCAGCACAAAGGCAGCUGAUGAUGUCAUGGCUGUGGUGGAUGAUCUAAAAAAGCAAGCUCAGGAAGAUGACAAAAAACUGCAAGCUGCAGCUGCUGCUAGAAGUAAAGACAAAAUGAAAUGGAAGCCACUGAUGCUACAGGAUGAGAAGAUGCCCCCAACAUUAUCAGCACCUACUCAGCCAGAGGCUGUCCCACUCUGGACUGGUAACAUGAGAACUUUGUCCAAAUCUGCUGGCCAGGGACAAAGAUCUCCAAGUUUUACAGACAGUACUUCUGUAAAACCAUUGGUCAGUCCAGAGUCACCAGUUACUACCAGUCCCACUAGCCUGAGAGAUAUCAUGUGCCAGGAAUCACAGACCAUUGAAAAGACAAAGAGUAACUUUUCAGCUAGGAUUUCCUGGAAGGAUGUCAAGAAGCAGCAGAGUAAAGAACUUAAGGAGAAACAACAGAAACAGACCCUAGUUGAACUUAGUGACAGACCCCAAGCUAUCACCUCUCCAAAACCUGUCAAAAAUCCAUGGACAUCAGCAGGCAGUAAUGUUGUGAAGUCUUUACGUGACCUGAUGAUCCAGGAAGAAAAAGCUGUUUCUGCACCUGUCCCGAUACCAACAUCAAAGAAAGACAGACAUCUGAGUGAUACAAGCAGUAUAGGAAGCUUGGGAUCUCUUGGAAUGUCUCCAAGGUCACCUAGUGGAGAUGCUGUUGCAAUAAGUAAGUCAGGAGGAGAGAACCCAUGGACAAAGAGGAUAGCCAUGGCUGCAAGUCCACCUCCUGCUGCAAUCAAUUUCUCAGCAAUACUGAAAGAUGAAAAAGAGAAAUCUGAAACCUUAGUCCGCACCCAGCAGAAACCUUUAGCUUUGAUUCAGCUAGAAGAGCGUGCCAUGAAUGAGCUGUUGGAACAUUACCGAGCAGGUCAAGAGACAGAUAAGUAUAUCACCGUAGAGCGUGUCAGUAAAGCCAUGGCAGUGCCAAUGUGGCACAGGGACAGCAAGUCUGUUGGUCACCUUCUUUGAUGUUUUGUUGUCAUUUAUGUGUUAGUUUUUUUAACUUUGAAAUACAUGUUACAUCUAGAAUUAAAGAUGCUUACCAGAGUCUUUAUUCUAAUGAAAAUUAUUUAUUUAUUGAAAAUCCUUGAUCCUGUUUUUAUUGUUCUUCCAUUGUUUUGAAAUGAUGCUUGUUCUGUGUUAUUUUUUGAGAUGCUAAGUUGUUUGAAGUACCUUACAAUUAUGUACUGUAUAAGUUGGCAUGUGAUUUAUUAUUCACUAUUUGGAUACUAGUAGAUGUAGAUACUUCAAACACACUAUUGUUGAACUAAAUGGUCUAUGACUAUGUUAUGACUAUUCUGUGAUGACAUCAGUUUGAUUCUGUUCUCACUUGUUGAAUGACCUCCUUUGUUAUCCACUGCCAGUCUGGUUGGAUCAUUACUACAAAUAUUGGAUCCUUUGAAAGUUUGUUAUUAACUUAGUGACUUGCAAGCUGGCAUGGUCUUUACCUAGUUUACUUUUGAAAUGAUAUAGCACUUGUAGUAGACUCUAUGUUUUGUUUAUGAGAUAUUUGUAUUGGUAACUAUGUACUAUUAUUUUUGUUUUACAUUUAAUACAGCGCUUGGUUUAUCUGAUCAAUGCUCAUUUAGUAAUCUCUAUCCAAAUAGCAUUUGUGGACAUUUUUUUUGGGGUAGAGUGUUGAAUACUAAAACUGAAAGAGCUUUAUUUUGUAUGGGCAUUAGUUGCUUGAGUGGCAUAAACCACUUGGUUACCUAUCAAGGAGGCUUGAGUUUGAUUCCUGACUUUGGCUGAGCAUGGCAGCAUGGAAUCCUCCCCUACCCCCACUGGUUUCUAAAAGAGAUUGGACCAUAGUGCACUGAGUGUACUAUAGCAUGAGCUAUACGCUACAUAAAAGCAGGGAAAAAAACUUUCCCUAUUUUUUUCAUAAUCUAUAAGCUUUAAAAAAUAUGUGUUUUUUAAAAACAUGAUUGUUUGUUGUUUUUAUUUGUGCAAAAACAAUAUUUUAGAAAAAAAGUAUAUAUAUACUUUUUACAAGAAUUGGCAUUUUCACUUUGUAUUUCUAUAAAUAUGUUUUAGUAAUUCUUGUGAUAUAAGACAUAUGAAAUGUUAUUAUUAUAUAUAGUCAUGUAAAUUAUUAUGUAACUAUUACAUAUUAAAUACAAUUUAUAAUAUCUGUUCCAUACAUUUGCUUGCUGUUGUAGACUCUUUAUCAUUCUUGCCAAUUAUAACUAGUUUUUAUUGUUCUGAAUAGGUUAUAACUAUUCUAGCAGUAAUAUUAUGAUCAUCCUGGAUUAUUCAUGCACUUAGUGCAUUUUCUUUAUAGUUUUGAAGUUUUUUGUUGUUGGUCAGCCAACUCUGUACAAAAUGACUUCAACAAUUUGCACAUGGUAUUAACAUUUGCUACAAUUAGGUCAGCUUGUUCUUUAAGACUGGUUCUUGCCUAGUAAUUCCCUCAUUAUGACCUGACAUGAUGAUUUCUUGUCAACACUCAGAAUCAGGUCCGUAUAAGACAAGUGACUACAAGGCCCUGUGUUUUUACUUUAAAAACAUCUUGAUCUUCAUACAUUGUUGACCAGAUCUGAUUGUGUUGCUUCCCUUGUAUAAGCUGGAAACAUUUCCUUCCUGGUCCUGUUUAUUGUAAGGCAGCUCCUUUGAACAUUUAUUUUGGCAUUACUUAACUGCUAAAUGACAGACUCCUCAAUUAAAUCAUUUAUUUGAUUUGUGGAUUUAAAUAUUCUCAGUCUAAUAGAUUUGAAUAAUGUGGCUGCAUGCUAUAAUUUAUGUAAAGUAAAGCAAAACCAAUGGACUGAGUUCACUCUACCACAGGAUGACAGGCAGUUUGGUUUGUGGUAUUUGCCGACUGUUUGUAAGGUUUGUGUCAUGUUGAGUUCAGAUGUUUAUAUCACAAUAGAACAUUUGACUUCAAUGUUUAGGGUUACUGUUUUUUUUUUUUAUGAGUUUUGUUUUAGUCUUGCAUUGAAGUGACCUUUAAAACAUGUUCUGAUGUUGAAUGUUAGAAUGAUAAAUGUUGACACUUCAGGUUGUGCUGUUUGAUUUGGUUUGUUGUGUCAAGCUGAAGAAGAUAUUUCCCACUUUGACUUCCAUUGAGUAACAAACUGGAGCUGUUUUGAAAGUGAACAUUAUUUGUGGGGUUAAGAUUGAAUGUUUAAGCUUUUUGAUUGGUAUUGCAUUUAUCUUAAUGCUAAUUUAGUUGUUUCCAAACUCACAUGAUUAAACUUGUUGACAUCGA